AUGUGAGGUUGUUCUGGUUUGGAGACCGGAGUUGAAAUGGGUCUGCUGAUAAAAUUACGAAAAAUUACCUCAACGACACCGUUUUGGAGCUUAGAGUCGGCACCGUAUAAGUGAUGACAAGGUAUAUAUCAUCAAUCCACUUGGAACUCUGUAAAAACUCCACACUGCAAAGACAUACAUCAUCACUAUCUCUAUCACCUAAUUCUAGUAGAUCCCUUCUGCCCUUUUCAUUUCUUAUAGUUUGUUCAUCUUAAACAACCCCAUUUCAGUUCAUUUCGUGCAUACACAUAUAACUUGUUUUUCGAGCUUCUUGAUCAUAUUCAAGUGAUGGAAUUGAGGGGACUAAUGUGUUGGGCUAUUGUGGUAUCUGUUGCUGUGUUAGUAAUCUUGAACUCUGCUGCUUCCGUUAGAGCUAGUGAUAUUGUUCAUGAUGAUACAUCUGCUCCCAAGAAGCCGGGUUGUGAGAAUAAUUUUGUGCUGGUGAAAGUUCAAACUUGGGUAGAUGGAGUAGAAAGCACUAAGUUUGUCGGGGUUGGUGCUAGAUUUGGCACCACUAUUGUAUCGAAGCAAAAAUAUGCGAACAUUAGUCGCCUUACUUUAUCAGAUCCCCGGGACUGUUGUAAGCCACUAAAGAAGAAGCUUACUGGAGAGGUCAUCAUAGUGGAUCGAGGAAACUGCAAAUUUACGCGAAAAGCAAAUGUCGCACAAGCUGCUGGGGCUUCAGCUGUUCUUAUUAUAAAUAACCAAAAAGAACUCUACAAGAUGGUUUGUGAGCCAGAUGAAACUGAUCUGGAUAUACACAUACCUGCUGUGAUGCUGCCACAAGAUGCUGGAUCAAGCUUAGAGAAAUUGUUAAAUGAAAGGACAAAAGUUUCUGUGCAGUUAUAUUCUCCACACAGACCUGUAGUUGAUGUAGCUGAAGUCUUUUUAUGGUUGAUGGCUGUUGGUACCAUUGUUUGUGCCUCUUAUUGGUCAGCAUGGAGUGCUAACGAAGCAUCAAUUGAGCAUGACAAACUGCUAAAGGAUGCUUGCGAUGAAGAUUCAUCCAUAAAGACUCUUGGAGUGAGCAGUGUGGUGGAAGUGAACACGUUGUCGGCAGUAUUAUUUAUCAUCAUUGCAUCAUGUUUCUUACUGAUCUUUUACAAGCUAAUGUCGUUCUGGUUUAUAGAAAUUCUAGUGGUUCUAUUUUGCAUUGGUGGUAUAGAGGGACUGCAAACUUGCUUAGUGGCCUUCUUAUCGAGGUGGUUUAAAAAGUUUGCGGAGUCGUUCAUUAAAGUACCUUUAUUGGGAGCUGUCUCAUACCUCACGCUGGCUGUAACUCCAUUCUGUGUAAUUUUUGCUGUCGUGUGGGCUAUUUACCGGGAUGCUCCCUAUGCUUGGAUAGGGCAAGAUAUUCUUGGUAUAGCAUUAAUUGUUACGGUGCUUCAAAUUGUCCAUGUUCCUAAUCUCAAGGUGGGUGCUGUUCUCUUAUGUCUUGCCUUUUUGUACGACAUAUUUUGGGUUUUCGUUUCCAAAAAGUUAUUCCAUGAAAGUGUGAUGAUUGUGGUGGCUCGGGGGGAUAGGAGUGGAGAAGAUGGUAUUCCUAUGCUGCUUAAAAUCCCGCGCAUGUUUGAUCAGUGGGGUGGAUAUAGCAUCAUUGGCUUUGGUGACAUUCUCUUACCUGGAUUGCUGAUUACAUUUUCACUAAGGUAUGAUUGGCUGGCAAAGAAGAGUCUUCGAUCCGGGUAUUUUUUGUGGUCAAUGGGUGCUUAUGGAUUUGGUCUCCUGAUCACAUAUGUUGCCUUAAACCUGAUGGAUGGCCAUGGUCAACCAGCUCUUCUGUAUAUCGUCCCCUUCACACUCGGCACAUUCGUAGUGCUGGGAAAGAAGAGAGGGGAUUUGAACAUCUUGUGGGCAAGGGGUGAGCCAAAGAGGUGCUGUUCACAUUUCCAUCUUCAACCCACUGCAGAUUAAACAAGAAAAUUAGAACUUCUUUACCUUAAAGUAUAUGUAUUAUAGUAUCUGCAUAGCAUGCAGAUUAUCCGUGUACCAUAAAGAAAAAGAUUGCUCGACUAAGGGUUGUGUGUACAAAGCGUUUGUGUUCUGGUAACUUGUUUAACAGUUGUUCUUAAGUGUCGAUGUAAAUACAAAAUCUAUCUUCGCA